UAAUGCUAACAAAUCCUUCUUUCGCAAACCUAACUCCAAAUUUAGAACGUCCCAUGCAAAUAUCAAAUUAGCACCCGUAUCUCUUCUGCCAUCUUCUCCAAUCCCCAGGAACUGCCACCGCUCCUCGUCUCUCAAUGGAGGAGCGGCUCCAACCCUCCUCCUACGACCCUAAAGACAAGCCACCCCACCCUCCGCCGCCCGCCAAUGCCGCCGCUUCUCUCGCUACCUACGUCGUUCAGAUUCCCCGCGACCAAAUCUACCGCGUACCCCCGCCGGAGCACGCCCGCAUUGUCGAGGACCACAAGCGCAACUCCUCUUCAAAAAAGACAGGUGGCCGGGGCACGGUCUGCCGUAUCUUCAUCCCCAUUGUGGUCGUCUCCGUCAUCAUCACAGUCGCGGUUUACGGCCUCCGCUACACCAUGUACGAUGCCAAGUCGCCGAAAUUCACCGUCACGGGCAUCCAGGCGAAGAAUUUGGAAGGCAGCGGCCGCAGGUCGCCCCAUUAUGACGUCACGCUGUUAGCCAACAACCCGAACACGAGGAUGAGUAUUAGUUACCUGCAGGGUGGAAAGAAGGGGACGUUGGCUCUCAAGAAUCUGGAAAUCGGGAAAGGGGGGAUCCAGCCGAUGGUAAAACAAGAAUCUGGCACCUCGGCCGUCGACGUUCAUGUGGUGCUUUCCGGCAACGGCGCGGCGGACAUAAAGAAAAGACUCAAGGAUGGGACGUCGGUGAAAUCGAUGGUCCUGAAUGUUGUGGUGCCGGUGGAGAUCACGAGCUGGGUGAGAAACGAGCGCAAGGAUCUAAAUGUCACUUGUGAAUUCAAGGUGCGGAAUUCUCUGACGAGCAAGGCGAAGAUCGCUAGCCAAGAAUGCAACACGGGAUCGUAGCCGUUGAAGUUUCUGAUCAACUAUCAUCAUUAUGAUCAUCAUCAACUGGUAAUCAACAAUCAUUUGUUUCCACUCAUAU